UUUUACUAUGACGUAUAUGACGUCACUCUCAGUCGUGAAGGGACCAUUCAGCGACCAAUACAAAUAUAAACGCACCGUCAUGGAUAAAUCGAUUUUCUUCCUAACACGCUAUGUCUUCAUCACCUGGAGUAUUCAACGUUAAAGAGCCACAAGGUGCUGAGCUUGCCCAAGCGCAAACCACCGCCGCAAGGGCCCAAGUAACGGCUCCGACACCCCAAAUCGCGCGUCAAGAAGAGAGGGCUUUGGAUGCUGCCAAAGAAGCGGCCCAGAAUGCUGUUGCAACUGCCCAGGCGAAGGGUCCAGCAUUUACCAGCCAAUCGCCCUCUGCCCUUGACACCCUUCAACGACAAGUUCAAGAGACCACAAACGCUGCGGUAGCUGAAGGAAAGCAGGACGUCGAAGCAGCCAAGUCCUCCGGAACAGGAUACCUCGAGCAGGCCAAGGAACUCGCCAGUAAUACGAUCACUGCAGUUGACUGUUCGAGAUAAUUAUCUUCCGACGGAUUUCGUUGAAUAGCAAUUUUACCAGCAAUAUCUCCCUGGUACUAAUGCUACAAUCACCAAAGCAUCCGAGUCGCAAGGGACUACCGUGCGACCGCCGCCGUGGAGACUG